UUGACCGGGGUUAUUUUACACAAUGGUCACACUGCAGUUUAUGAGUCCUGUUUCAAACUUACAAAACCAGUGAGGUACUGUAGUGGAACGAAUAAUUGCGGACGGUGCCGGUUGCUGUACUUGUUAAAUUUGUUCUUAGUGUUCCUGCCCCAUUGGAGGACAGGAGAGCCCAUUGCAAACAAAAAGGAAUCUCAAACUCUCCGAGUGUUCGUGAAUAAUUUGAACUUUGUUUUAAAAAUGUCUGGAGAAAACUUUUUGCUGGUUCAGAUACCAGGGAAAGACCACACUUUGCUUCAAGUUCCAGUAGUGACGAAGAGCUACUUACAAAUGAUGGAUGAUCGUAUAUCCAACCAGGAAAGGACUACUGCGACACUUCUGGAGCAAGCUUUUCAGAUUAAAGAAGACAUCAUAACCCACUUGAGAGGAAACCAGGGCCACUACCCAGUUGAAAAAGUAUCCCAACAGCUUCUGGAAAACCACAUACAAGUUACAACAAGGAUUCUCAAACAACUAAGUAAUGAUAUAGAGGUUCUAGAAGAACAGAUUAGAAGACGUGAUGGUGUGACUACUGGGACUAGCUUCGCAGUUCAGAACCUGAACCAGAAACAUUUGCUUGGGAUUGGGGACCUCCGUGGAAGAGUUGCCAGGUGCGAUGCCAGUAUCUCCAAGCUGGCUGGAGACGUCAGCAUAACCAACAAUGAGAUUCAAAAAGUAAAGAAAGAUGUUCAAGAUGCGAAGUCUUCCUUCCAGGAGCAAAUCAAAGAAUUAGAAAUUAAGGUGACACAACUACUGAGAAAUAUAGAUAACUCUAAAAGUGAACACAAUACAAACUUAAAGACUGCAAGAGGAGAGCUACAACAAGAACUUCAGCGAUUAGAUUUCAAGAUUACUACUGCACUGACUGAGUUGCAAACACAGAUGCAAAACCAACGGAAGUGGGCAGAAUACAAACUGGAUAAAACAGAGACCGAGAUAAUACAGAGAGCAGACCACUCCUUACAUGUUAUGCAAGAGAAAACCGAGCUAAUGGAAAAGAAUAUACUGGAGAGACUUAAACAGAUCUCUGUGAGACUAGAAAAACUGGAAAACCGACAAAGCCUUGACAUUGAAUCCGACAAAGUGACUUACUCUGACAUGAAAAUCAGUGCAAAACUUGCCAAAGUAGAAAAGACUAUUUGGCACGAGUUAGAAAGCAUAAAGAAUGAAUACAGAGAAGGAUUUCACUCUAUUAUGGAAUCAAUUAAUUCACUGAACAAGAUCAGUGAAAAGAAGAUAGAAAUUGACAAAGGAAAGAUCCAGAAAGACCUGAAACAGAUUAGGCGGCAUAUUUUUGAUCUUAAAAGCUAUCCAUAAGCUAACAUAAUAAGAUUCAACAGAUAGCUGGAAGCAAAUGAAGUUAGGAAAUCCGUCGAGAGAUUCAAUCAGACAUCAGAACUGCAACACAUGAUUUAUAUUCAUCUGAUCUUCAAUAUUGAAUUCACUGCUAAAAUAGGAUUUACAGUUUUAAAUUCAUGCAAUGAAACUGGUUAAGAUUAUCUUCCUUAAAAGAAUCAAUGUUUGCUUAUUUCCCAUCAUCAAAUACCAGUGAUUUCUAUCAAAGAACAAAAUGCUCUGGCUGCAAAUAUACAAUUCAAGUGUAAUUGUGAUGGCUGGAAUUUUGAGAUAUGGUGAUUUUUGGUACUUAGAUGUUUUUCCCUAAAAUUAAAAUCGAUAGGUAAAUACUCCAGGAAGUUGUAAUCAGUGGUCAAUAUGAGAUCAAUUAAACAUUGAAGAAGGGCUUAUGCCCGAAACGUCGAUUCUCCUGUUCUCUGGAUGCUGCCUGACCUGCUGCGCUUUUCCAGCAGCACAUUUCCAGCUACUUUUAUUAGUAACCUUGUUAUUAAAAUCACUUCAGUGGCUGUCCUAAUGAGAUUACAUUCUUGAAAGUAAUAUAUUAUUGAUGUGGGAAAUGCAAAAUUGCUCUGCAACUGCUGCUCGAAUAAAUCAUGAAAGAAAAAUGAUAAACACAAAGAACAAUUUGUAAUUUUAUUCCUAAAUCUUUAUUGUUCACCCAAAACUACUGACAUUAGCCGAGUAAAAUAAGAUUUGAAAAUGUUCAUUCACAUUUGAAUAAAUAUCAUUUUGAGA